GGGGAAAUAUGAGCAGCCUGCAACACAUAAUGCUUACAGGCACGUCUAUGUAAUAAUCAAAAGAACAAGGGAAUCAAACUAUCCAUACGAAUUAUAGGACUCCAAUAUAAGAUGUUAAACAAUAAAAAAGUAUCUUCCCUCGUGUCUUUUCUUUCUUUGUAAAGCCUCUUGUAGUCUACAUUUUUAUAGGUCAUGCUGUAACCUGGUUUUGUUUUCUUCAUUUAAAAAUAAUAUUUUUUCCAAAUUGAGGCAAAUUCUCUCGAAACCAUGGCUGUCGUCUUUAUUUUGUACUACUUAAAAUAAAGCUCCUGCUUUUUCUUGAACUGUUUAAAAAAAGAAUUUUUCUUAAGGAUUUCUUUCUUUUUUUUUAUCUUUAUACACACCCAUUCAAAAUGAAGUUCUUUGGCAUUACUACCGCUGCCUUAGCCGUUCUUUCAGUUUCAAACCAAUUGGCUCAAGCAGCCACUACUGCUGCUCCUUGUGACCCUAACACUUGUAAACUUCCCAGUUGUCUCUGCCCAUCUUUGACACCCCCUAAUGGGCUUUCUCCAAAGGAUGUGCCUCAAUUCGUUACCAUCACUUUUGAUGAUUCAAUCCAACCCGAAUUGUUGGCUACCGCUAAAGAUUUGUUGAAUGUCAAAAACCCCAAUGGAUGCACUGCAAAAGGUUCUUGGUAUGUUUCGAUGCAAUACACCGACUUUUCCUUGGUCCAACAGUGGUAUGCACAAGGAAAUGAAGUUGCUGAUCACACCUUUACUCAUGUUGGUUCCCCAUCUGCCCAAGAAAUUGCCGCUGCUAGAGCCAUGUUGAACCAAUACGCUGGUAUUCCUCUCGGUAAAAUUAAGGGUUUUAGAGCCCCCUUCUCGAUUGCAGUGAAUUACACCCAAGAUACUUUGAGAGAAAUUGCCAAGCAAGGUUUCUUGUAUGAUACUUCAACUACUGGUGUUGUUGAUGAUUGCUACUGGCCUUAUACUCUUGAUAAUGGUUUGGCCAACGAUUGUUGGAAUAACGUUUGUGGUAGUGACCUUAAGCUCCCUGGUGUUUGGGAAAUCCCUAUGUACGCUGUUAACGAUAAUGCCGGUGUUGCACAAUUGAUGGAUGUUUACUUGGCUGGUUCUCCUUCCGAUGUCACUGCCUGGUCUAACACCAACUUUGAUAGACAUUACAAUGGUAACCGUGCUCCAUUCGGUAUUUACGUUCAUCCUACCCACUUGACCAAGUACCCCUCUCUCGCUGAUCCUACUGCACAAAAGGACGCCGUUAUCAGUUUUAUUCAAUCUCUUCAAAGCAAGCCUGAUGUUUGGUUUGUCACUAACGAACAACUCUUGCAAUGGAUGCAAAACCCUGUUCCUGCUAGUCAAUUAGCUGACCAACCUUACAUGAAGUGUGAGCUUCCCAACACUGGUAAAGAAAUCUGUAACGGUCUAGAAAACGUGACCAUCACAAGUGGUGUUGUUUCUGGUAGUCUCUUGAACUCUUGUAACUUCAACACCGUCAACUGGGCUACUUGUUUCAACUGUCCUUCUACUGUUCCUACUGUUGACAACCCCACUCCUAACACUGCCGUUGCAAGCACAGAUGCCAAGUACCGUCACCCUGUUCCUAACAACUGUGAUAGUAUCUGGUGGGAUCCUAUUGCCGGCCAAUGCUUAUGUACAGGCACUUCUUGCGCUUACAAUGAUACUUCUGUUCCUAUCAGCACUGGUGCCUCUGCUUCUAGCAGCGCAACAGGUGCUUCCCCUAGCUCUAGCGUUGCCUCUCAAGCAGCUUCUUCUCAAAAGACCAGUGGUGCUGAUGAUUUGACUGUCUCUGUUGCAGGCUUUGCCUUGAGCAUGGGUGCUGCCAUGAUGCUCUUGUAAAUGCAUAUUUGAUUAUUGUAACUUUUUUAAUUUUUCUAAAUGGAGUAGCCUAUGAAUACUCUUCAUUGUUGUAAAAGUAAUUUCUUUUAUUAUUAUCAUUUCAAUAAUAAACAUCUUCUUCUAGUAACAUAAC